CUCUCCCUUUCCCAUUCGUGAGUCUCACCCCUCAUCUGAAGCCCAAAAAUCAACGUUACCAAACCAAAACCCUAGCUUCCUCCUCAACGGUUCUACCGCAGUGCCGCCGCCGUCCGUGUUGUCGGCGCCGUCCGUACUUCCUCUUUCCCCCUGUCCCGAACCCAAGCCCUCUCUUGUAGGCUAUAGCUCGGCACGUCGGCCCCAUCCUCCGGCUUCUCUGUUCGAGGCUUGGAGCAGCUCGCCGUCGUGUCGCGGCUCGCCACUCGCCGCUCGCCGUCCGUCUCUCCGUCGAAGAUAGAUAGAUAGAUGGGAUAUGCCAAACUGAAACUUGAAGGUGGAGAAUGUUUCUUAUGUCCAGUUGCUUAUAGGGAGUGAAAAUGACAUGUUACCUCAAAGAGGAAUGUUGGCAGCCCCAAGAAUGGCAAGCCUUAGGAGCUUGCUGAGGCUUGUCACCCUUCAUUGGCCCUUUUCAUGGAUGAGAUCAAGAUUGGAUGAAAUCAAUAACAACAACAUUAACAACAAGAGUGCUUUGCCUUCUGGUUCAAUGAUAAUUUGUUUUUUUGGUUAGACCACGGUUGAACCGGUUGGACCAGUAAACUAGUGAACUAGUGACUUGAACGGUUUGAUGACUGGUCCGCUUUUCAGAACCUUGCCAGAAAGAGAAGAAAGUGGCAGUGAUCGUGUACGAGUGAGUGUGGAGAGUUCAAACGUAAAGGCGCCAUGAGGAUCACUCUCGAUCCAUCAUCGGAUCCAAGUCCUCAACCAAAACGCUCUCCUCUUACUCUUACUCCCACAGAUGAACUCGAAUGGGUCCCACUCCCCAAACACCCUCUCUUCUCCACCUCAUGCGCCGCCACAACAUCCCCCGCUUCCUCCAGGAACCUUCUCGCAUGGGACGGAGCCUCCCGCCUCUAUUUCUGGGACUACCAUGCCAACACUCUCCACCGCCUCUCUCUCCGCCUCGGCGACCCCGACCCUACCUCCGUUCUCGCCUCUUCCCCCUCGAAGGUAUUGCAAACUGACGUGGAGCUCAGCUUUGAUGUUGAGAGGAUCUCUAUCAACAGAAAUGGAACUGCGAUGCUACUUUUCGGUUUUUAUAGACUCUCUGUUAUGUAUCUCUAUGGACGUGCUUCCAAGAAAGACGUCAAUUUGAUAUGCAGGACCAUUGCAGUUGGUCCAGAAACUUAUUCCAGCGGCAGCAACGAUAUUCGUGUAUUACAAGCGAUAUGGCACCCUUACAGUGAUACUCAUUUGGGAAUCCUUUCUUCUGACUCAGUUUUCCGGCUUUUCAAUCUGGCUGUGGAUCCUUUGCUGCCAGAGCAAGAAUAUUAUCUGCAACCUGUGGAGCCUGGUAGAUCAAGGAAUGCCUCAUCAGUGUGCCCAGUAGAUUUUUCUUUUGGGGGUGACCAUUUAUGGGACAGGUUCAGUGUUUUUAUUUUAUUCAGUGAUGGAGCUAUCUUUGUCCUUUGCCCUGUUGUUCCAUUUGGAAGCCACUUCAAAUGUGAGUCCUUAUUAGAAAUAUACAAUGAUGCACAUACAUUUGGCCUGAAAUCAGCCAACUCUUUAGCGGCUAGUAAUUCAAAAUUGGCAAUCUCCUGGUUAGAAGCAACCUUUCCUGAAUUGCUGAACCAAGAGACAGAAGGAGACAACCAUUCUUUGCUGAGAGCUAAUGCUUAUGCUAUAUUUGAUGCAUCACUUGUCUUGCAGGGACCUCUGAGAAGAGUAGGUCAGGGUCGAAAUGAGGAUUCAUUUGGUCGUAGUGUUGAAUGUGAAGGUCGUGCAGUCAGUUUUCUAUACAAUUUAGUCAGCAAAGACUCUAUUUUAGUUACCUCCUGGAGUGGUGGACAAUUACAGAUAGAUGCUCUAGCUGAUGAGGUCCAACCUCUCUGGACUGUUGGUAGUCCACCUCGUCUCCGUGUUGAUUCCUGUGACCAAAUUCUUGGCCUUGCUAUGAUUUGUGAAGCAACUGCCGUUGACUGUCAUGAUAGACUUGAUCACAAUGCCUGGUUGGGCAAUCCACCCCCUCUGCUGAGACUGGCUAUUGUAGAUUUGGCACUGCCACGUAGAGCAGAAAGUGCUUACAGUAUUUCUUUGUUCAGUGAUACUCUUAUGCCAGAAAGAAUAUAUUCCCUUCAUGAUGGAGGGAUUGAUUCAAUAGUAUUGCAUUUUCUUCCAUUCACGAGUCAAUCAAAUGGGAAGGAUGAUACAAUGAGAACGCCUUCUGUGCAUCCUGUUCUUAAUACAUGCCAGAGUGGUUGUACGUCAGAGCCUUCACUCUCUGGUUUCCUAUCAUUGUCCGAUUCAUUUGGAUAUUCGUGGAUAGUGGCUGUCACUCUUUCUCAAGAAUGUGUUGUCCUAGAGAUGAAAACUUGGAACCUCUUGCUUCCAAUAAGCAUUGAUGCAGAGAAGCCGUCAAUUCAAGCGGAAGGAGAAUCAAAAGAGAGAGACAAACCAACUAUAAUUAGCAAAGAACUACUUGGUGGGCCCAAGGAGGUACUUGUUCCUCAGGCAGCUCCAUCUUUGCGUUCUGUUGCAGCUGAUUCAAUUGAAGGCAGAUCUACAUUACAUCAGUAUUUCAAGCUGUUUCAUGAAACUUAUGUGGAGUAUGCACAUAAGGUGUAUCUGGAGCUCAAACAUCAUGCACCUCAGUUGAAGAAAAUCAUUAAUGAUCAACAGUCUCGUUUGGGCGAUGCACAGCAGAAACUCAUAAAAGUUGAGGAGAAAGAGUCUAUGUUACAGAAAAGGAUAGAACGUGUAACACAGAUGCACAAUUAGCGAUUAAGGAACUUACCUUGUGCCCACAAAAAACCACUGUCUAGAGCGGAGCGACAAUUUAAGUCUGAGCUUGACCACUUCAGAGAAGUUGAGUUGGAUGCCUUGCAUUCUUCCGUUGAUGCGCUAAAUGAAAGGCUAAGAAGACACAUGCAAGCAUCCACUAAUGCUAGUCGCCAACAACAAAGAAUAGCAGGGAAGAAAGUUGGUGCUGGGGAGGACCAGAUGUCUAUGCUCAAAUCAUCCCUUGAAAAACUCACUCUCGUAAAUACUGAAAAUUCAAAGAAAGUUAAGCUUGUUGAGUCUACUCUGAAAAACAAAGAAAAAAGCAGCAGAGAACCAAGCCUGCCUUUGCUUUAAAACCGUCCUGUAUUUUACCUUCUAUCAUUGGACAGUGUGGUUCUUAGUUAAGCUCCUGUACUGUGGCUACGUGUAACUUAUGAAGUAACUUCAUUUGCCAAUGUCAAAAGGAAAGUAGUUGCAAAAUAUUUGUAUGAUUUACCUGAUUCCCCUUCAAUAUGGAAAGCAUUAGAGAAGUAAUGUUAGGGUACUUUUUAGUAUUUA